AUGAUUGUUGGCUUGGCCAAGCUCUUGAAUUUCUUUGUAAGCGUUAACAUCACUGUCGUACAUACUACGACCCUGCCUUACUACCGUAGAUUCGUGGUGGGCAUUUCUCAGAGCUCCAUUGAAGCCUCACAAAACGACAUAUGCCUUGCAGAAGUCUCACGGGUUUAUUCUUCUUUGAUUCUGCGAUGCAUAGAGAAGAAGUCUUUAGCAGAGUCCAGACUUGUCCAUGCACGUAUUAUAAAGGUCGGAAUCUUAAAUGUCAAGGUAGGAAAUAAGCUUAACUAUGCGUACAUGAAGUGUGGUAGCAUUGUGGAUGCUCGUAAACUGUUUGACGAAUUGCCUAAAAGGCAUAUAAUAAGCUGGAAUUCAAUGAUUUCCUUUCACGUUGGUCGAAGAAAGUGUAAGGACGCUAUUUUGUUGUGCACACGGAUGGUUUCGGAGGGAGUUAUGCCCGAUGAAUACACGCUUUCGAGUGUUUUCAAGGCGUUUUCUGAACUUGGUCUUGUACAUGGUGGAAUGGGAGCUCACGGGAUGGCGGUUGUUUUAGGUUUGGAGGUCUCAGAUGCGUUUGUUGGUUCUGCCCUUGUUGAUAUGUAUGCAAAGUUUGGUAUAAUGAAGAACGCUCAACUGGUCGCAGACCGAGUUAUGAGCAAAGAUGUGGUUUUGUUUACAGCUUUGAUUGUUGGUUACACUCAACACGGUGAUGGGAUUGAAGCUCUAAAGGUUUUUGUGAACAUGAUCAACCGUGGAAUUAAAGCUAAUGAGUAUACUUUUGCAAGCAUAUUGAUCACAUGUGGAAAUUUAGAGGACUUAAGAGUAGGUAAGUUGACCCAUGGUCUUCUUAUCAAAUCUGGUCUUGAAUCAGUUGUGACGUCUCAAACAUCACUCCUUACUAUGUAUGCUAGAUGCAGCUUGGUUGAUGAUUCUUUGAAGGUAUUCAAGGACAUUUCGCACCCGAAUCAGGUGACCUGGACCUCUUUGAUUGCGGGUCUUGUCCAAAAUGGUAGAGAAGAGGUAGCUUUAUCCAAGUUCAAAGAGAUGAUCCGUAGUUCAAUACUUCCAAAUUCUUUCACGCUAUCCAGUGUCCUUCAGGCAUGUUCAAGACUUGCAAUGCUCGAGGGAGGAAAACAAAUCCAUGCUAUGGUCAUGAAAUUCGAAUUAAACAAAGAUAGAUAUGCUGGCGCUGCUCUUGUUGAUUUGUAUGGGAAAUGUGGAGGUACAGAAAUGGCAAGGUCUGUUUUUGAUUCUUUAGUUGAAUUUGAUGUGGUGUCUAUGAAUUCCAUGAUUUAUGUUUAUGCCCAAAAUGGUUCGGGACAUGAAGCAAUUAAACUAUUCAAUGAAAUGAAAGAAUUGGGUGUUGAACCAAAUGAAGUAACAGUUUUGAGUGUCCUCUUAGCAUGCAACAAUGCGGGAUUGGUUGAAGAAGGCUGCCAUAUGUUUGCCUCCUUUAGAAACAAUCCAAAAUAUGAAUUGACCAGAGAUCACUAUGCUUGCAUGGUUAAUUUGUUAGGGCGUUGUGGAAGACUUGAAGAGGCUGAAGUGUUGAUAAGGGAAGUCAGAGAACCAGAUGUGGUCUUAUGGAGGACACUUCUAAGUGCAUGUAGGAUUCACGGUGAAGUGGAGAUGGCAGAGAGAGCUCUAAGUAGAGUGCGUGAUCUCGCUCCAGACGAUGAUGCAACUCAUGUAUUGAUGUCAAAUCUUUAUGCUUCAAUUGGUAAUUGGAAUCAAGUUAUUGAGAUGAAAAGCACAAUGAGGGAAAUAAAAUUGAAGAAGAUUCCAGCAAUGAGUUGGGUUGAGAUUGAUAAGGAGGUUCACACUUUCAUGGCUGGAGAUUGGUCCCACCCAAGAUCUAAUGAGAUACUUGAAACACUAGAAUAUUUGUUUGAGAAGGUUACUAGUCUGGGUUAUGUUCCUGAUACAAGAUUUGUGUUGCAAAACUUGGACGAGGAGAGCAAAAGAAGGUCUUUAUAUUAUCAUAGUGAGAAGUUAGCCACAGCCUUUGCUCUAUGGACCACAAGAAACAGAGGCACAAGUAUCAGAAUUUUUAAGAACCUUAGAGUUUGUGGGGAUUGCCAUUCAUGGAUAAAAUUAGUCUCUAAUGUUGUUGGAAGAGAAAUAAUUGCUCGAGAUGCUAAAAGAUUUCAUCAUUUUAAAGAGGGCUCAUGUUCCUGUGGAGAUUAUUGGUAAACCUGAUUUGUAAUGCAUAUCAACAAGGCACAGCGGCGCUCCCCAUGGCGAAUUUUAUUCUCAAAUUUCUGGGCACUUGCUAAUCUUAAUGGCAGAUUAAGUCACCAAACACUCUGUUCGUUAUAAUACAUUGCUGUAUGAAUUGCAAGCUGAUGGGAAGAGAUGCAUCUUGACACAUUCUAUCUGUCUGAAGGCUGUUUUGUUAAGCAGAUAAUGAUAUCAUUUGGGAGGCAAGUAACAUUGGAUAGUAUUUCUAUAUGAUCUAUGAGGGCUGAUAAUCUUUGAGCAGUUAUUUGUGUGACUCGUAUACUCUUGACCAUGUUUUUAUGGAUCUUGAACUGAAACAGGAGAAAAUAUACUCUCAUUGUUGUCAAAUUCCAAAUUUGUAUGUACAACUACUUGCAUAUAUGCACAAAGACCUUGAUUAUGCCUUGAUCAAGCAGUAUAUUGCUUUGGAAUAUUUGUAAAAUCUCAGAUUUAAAACUUUUGAAAGUCCUUUGCGAAUAUGUGGACUUGUAUCGAGAGAUCCUGCUCUCGACAAAAUAUGAAAAAGGUGAAAUAAGUUUCCGGACUUGUAAAAUUAAGAUAACGUUGCUCAUGGCUCGAUCUAUGGAAAGAGCCACCUAAAUGCCUGAUGAAUCCAUCGAUCUUUAAUUUACAGAGGAGUUAUCUAAAACUGGAUCACAAGCUUCUCAGCUUUGGAGAGAGAUAAUUCCUUGAAAAAGAGUUCUGUUCAGCCAGAUUUGAGUCAACUGCUAAUUGAUUGUAUAUCUGCUUAAUAGAAUGCGAAUAAUAUUGUAUGAUCUACCAUUUAUAUAUUUCUUUUGAUGUUACAUUUAUUCAAAUAAACAGAUGAACAGAAUGAGAAGAACACGAGUUUCUGGUCUGCAAAACUGCUAACCAUUUCUCGGUUUAUUCUGUUCUCUAUAAACAAAU